GAGUUUCUGUGAUGUGCCAUGUUGUGCUCGCUAUCGCUGCGAGUUCUGUGGGUGUAAGUGCCGUCGACAGAUUUUGAGGGGAUUGUAAUGCAAGGAGAACGCUUGAAGCAUCUUGUCGAAGCUCACUUGAUAAACUAGAAAGUUCUCUCUCAACGGCUGAUCGACUUUUAAAUUAUUAGGGUUGAUCUCAAGAUUCUAUGUGCUGGAUUGCAACUUGAUGAACUGUCCGGUCUGAUACAAAAUGGCCUCGCUUGACCGCCUUCCUUUGCAAGUUCCGGCCUUGAACAGAAAACAAUCGAACUAAGAGCUUUUUCAUAUGCUUUGCUCAUUCACUGAGUCGGGAAUUGAUAUGAAUCGUGACACACCCAACAUAUAACUGAGGCGGCGUCUGUUGCAUUAUCUAAUAGGCGGGUUCUACACUUGUUGAUCUCCUGUUACAGUCCAUUGACGGCAGGCCUCUACUCUCCCAUGCCCGGCUUAAUCUGCUCUGCUUAACUAGAUCCUCGACUCCAGUUUUCCCAUCUGUCGGGCAAGAUUGCCUGCGAAGCAUGUUCGGUAGUUCAUUUGUAGGCACGCGGUUUGCGAGUGUGGGGUUAAAAAUUGGUUGGUUGUCUUCCACCCUUCGUGCAUUCAUUUGUGCUUGAGAGGUGCAGUGCCGCCCGCAUGCCGAUACGAAGUCUGGAUUAUUUCGGUGACUCGUCUCUGUAACAGACGGUAGAAUGUUUCUGACACGCAGUGUAGUCAUAUUGUCGCGUGUAGGGGUUUGGACCUAUGAUUCGAAAGCACAUGUAGCUGGCAAGAACUAGUCAUCUGAAUCCUUCUUUGUCAGCCUAGGUUUUCAUUUCGAGGACUGUUUCUCGUAAGAAUCCUGUCAAUGAUGUACCAGUCAGUCCCUCUUCCUAAUUUGGGAAGAAAUUGUACCCACCACCUUACUUGGCAAAACCUAGUCAUGACGAUCCUGUGAACUUUUAGGGAUUCUGAGGCUGAUGCGGCUGGCAAUUCUAGGCUUUUCAAGAUCUUUAACAAACAAGAGGUUUUACUUUAUUUUUAUUUUGUUUAUUUUUGUUGUUGUAUUGAAACAGGGUCUGCCCGAUGCUCAGAAAAGUAGUUUGGUUACAACAAACAAGGAGCAUUCAUACACACCUAAUAUUGUGAUUGAGGACGGAACAUGAAGCACAGAACCUACUAAGUUACGGCUCACAAACAGGAGAUUUAAGGAACAGGAUUCGGCCGGUGUGAGGCGCAGCAUCGUUAGCAUGAUGGAAUCGAUAUCAUGUGUGAACAUCUAGGUAGUUUAAUUGGCCCACAAGGUCUGUACACUUUGAUUGGGCGAAAAUGUCUGUACAGCAUUUAUCGGACCGUGCAGACAUGCAGACAUGUGCAGACUUUCAGAAGUUUCCAGGAUAAUAAUGGAGCACCAUCCUCGAUGUCAAGGACUACGUGUGGCUAGGAAUGGCUUUGCAUAGUGAACAGAUCCCAGCAGAUUCUUUUAAAAAUAUGUUUUCCUGAAUCUGUGAUCGAUACAUUAGUUUACAUGUGAGACCACGACUCUGGUGCUCUAAUGUCUGCAGAAGUUACCGGAAAUGGCUCUGUACGCUAUGUCCGCGCCGUAGUGGAGAUAUGGUCAUUGUUGCUGUCAAUUUAAACUUUCUACUUGUAAUAGCUUCCUUAAUAACAUUUCGUAAUUUCGAGAAGGUUUUCGUUGUUCAUACGUAACAACCUUUCAUUAACCAAGUCUUGAGGUGGGCGUCAUAUGAAUGUCACUUAUGUCUGCACUCUACCGCAGUUCUCUCCACCUUCUCUUCUGCCUCAUGAUUCGUAACGCGCUUAGGCUCGAGCGCACACUUUCGUGGUUGUAGGUAACUUGCUUGCCGGGUGCCCAUUCUGAUUGUAGGUCCCUAGUCUGUGAAGGCGUUUGCCGACUGUUACCACGUCGGCGACUGGUGUAGGAAAUGUGAGUGCAGACAUGGAGAUAAGCGUAACCAGGGCAUGCGUUGGUCUUGACCGUGUUCGGCCUUCACCCGACUUUUUUAAGUAGUAAAAUAUACUAAAGCAUUCCUGGUGGGGUAAUAAUUUGUUCUCCUUUAGACCCUGCAGGAAAAAUACUUGCGGAGUGAUAUCAAGGUUCUGUGUUGUGAACAGGCAGAUUGUCGAUUCAUCCACAUAUGAGGGUGUAGGGGGCAGAAUUGUGUGAUGACAGGAUGUGAAUCCCUUAUGACAUAUUCGUUGGCUGCAAUAGCCUUCAAUUUGUUGUAUUAAAUCAUGGUGAUGUGUAGUCCGUUUCCUGUCCCAAAGUGACUGUUUGGGAAUUCAGUGUUUGGUUCCAUCCAAUGAAUUUUUUUAAUAGAUUAUUGGAGUCAACUUUUGGAGCCGACCUUGUCGAAUGUUGAACAUGUCAAGUAUCAAUGUGUUCAGAACUAAUCGGUCCAAAGUUAUCAUCUUAACAUCACAUCCAGCCAAAUGGGAUAGAUUAAGUUGAGGUUGCUUUUCAAAUUCCGAGCAAUGAAACUGAGUCACCUCGGGGGAUGCUGUUGUGACACUAGCUAAAAGAAUGGUAUCUCAGGAUUUAGAAAAACAUAUAUUUGCUACUACUGAGAGACUUAAAGCCCUGUCCAUCACAACAGAAGGAGCUAGCCCACCACAAUUGGAAGCAGAUCAGCCAGCAGAUAGGUCGGUUCAACAGUUACAUUGGAACUCCUUCCCAGCCGAAAUCCAGACUUUGAUCCUGGUCCGUUUGCCCCUGUUGGAUCUGCUUAUUGCUGGUCAGAUAAGUCGAUCUAUCAAAGAUACGACAUCUCGUCCUAGCUUUCAUCGUGAGCGCGGACUUCUUCGCCCAACGGAGUGCUCUCUCAGUCCCAUAGUUUUCUACGUGGAGGGAACGUUGUGGAACUUGAGGGGAUUCAAUUCUCGAGAAGGGGCAUGGAUGAAACUGCCACCAUUCAGCCACCCACUCAUAGAAGCUUUAGACCCACAGUUGUUCAAGGACUGCCUUGUUGCAGGGGACGUCGGGUUCUUCUGCAUGAACGUAGGGAAAGUAUUGGGACCUGAGAAGAUAUGUGUCUACAAUCCCUUGACGCGGGAAGCCCACAAGCUGCCUCCUCUAAAUUUCCGACGUCAUCCCGUUCUCCUGAAUUUACAUGUAACACUAGCUAAAAGAAAUGGGUUACUGGUUUCAAGUUUUAGAGUUAUAGCCGUGGGUAGUGCAGGGGCGAAGACCGAGACCGUCUCGAGGAAAACUGAGAUCUACGACUCCGAGAGAGGUUGCGGUUGGGAAACGGCUGGAGACUCGCCUGGACCCGACUACUUCAUUAACGAGUACCAGACAGGGUACUAUGACAAGGAUUUGAAUUUGCUACUUUGCGUCGGGUUCAUGGUCGAUGGUAAGAAAGGCAUUCUCGCGUUUAACGUAGGGACCCGCGAAUGGGUAAGGAACUGGUAUUGUCCUCUUUUGGAAAUGCGACAAGGCGUCGAUCCCGACCUAUCAAUUGAUUACAGCAUUGUUCAGCUUGUGCAAUGUGAUGGAAUGGUCUUCCUUUUCUCCGAGCAAGUGAUAGGGGUGGACACUUUCCAUUGCAUCGAUAGGCUAGAUUUGCGCAGCGGACCACGACAUGAAUGGCGAAGGAUUCUGACGCGUUCAAGGCAUGGGCAACGAGCGCUGUUAGUGUAUCCAGAGUUCACUUGUGUCCCACUGGAUGGUCGCAAGCUGUGCAUCUUCAACACCGUUGAGCGCACUGGGGUGAUCUACGAGAUGCCGGAGGAUUCUGUUGAUGGCCCCAUCCACUCUGAUCACUUCGACGUCUUACCUGCUCCCGCAGAAAUUAGCAACAAAGCGCGCUUUUAUAGUCUCAAUCCAAUCAGCUAUUCCUUCCAACCUAGCUUCGCCGUGUCAAUGCCAGAGUUUUAUGUCCCAGGAGACCUAUGAGUAGCCCAGUUAGCUUUAAAGCAUAAAAAAAAGAAAAAGAAAAAGAGAUUAUUAUUAUUAUUAUCAUUACUACUACUACUACUAGUAUUAUUAUCAUAAAACAUUAGAAUAUAACAUAUAAAAAGUAGAAGAAAUUGUUGUGGGUGGCUAACAUGGUUAGAAAUUUGAGUGGAUAGUAGUUUUUUGUAAGCUUAAACAUAUGUUUUUUAGGCCAUAGAAGUGAGUCAUAGUGAAGGCCUCUUAACCUUAUUUGACAACAAAUAUUUGAUGUUUUUUUGAAAAAAAGAGUUAUGUUUUAGUCGAGAUAAUCUUAACAACUUAAUAUGGUAUUAUAAGAAAUAUUAACGACAGAUCAAUACAACUUCAACAAA